GAAGAAUCUGUAAUCUUUUGAUUUUCUUCGUCAAAUUAAACCACAAAAACCUCUCCAUCGAUUCGGAUCAUCCACAACACUCGACAAUGAAACCCGACCCGCCCAGACGCAGAAACAGAGCCUUAUCUUCUUCUCCAUCAAAGACCCGACCCGGUUCCGGUGAAGCCCGUGGUGGAAAGGUGAAAACUUCGGCCACUUUACUUGACCGGGAGGAGAUGGGUCUUUUUCCCGGGUCGGGUUACGAUGACCCGAAUCCAGAACCUAGGGGCUUUCCUUAUAGUGUGAAGCAGCAAUGUUGGGAAAAAGCAGAGAAGAUUAAAGGAAGAGAUCCUGAGCGAUGGAGGAGAGAUCAUUUAGGGAACAUUGUGUUUAGGAAACUCGUAGGUUGUCCUGGAUGCUUGUGUCAUGAUUAUGAUCACAUUGUUCCUUACUCCAAGGGCGGCAAGAGCACUCUGGAAAACUGCCAGGUUCUGCAGGCAAAGGUAAACCGAUCAAAGGGUAAUAAAACCGAUAUUUCUCGAGCCGAGCUUAUCCAGAGGAGUUCUUAUUGUCGCGUUGCUGGCCGAGAUAUGGAUCUCAUUGAGCUAACAGCUUACGGGAAUGUACAGCGCGCACCUGUGUCCAGUGGAUGCAGGAUUCAGUAAUCUGUCGAAGAUACAUUGAUGGAAAUGAAGAUGAUUAGUUUCUCAAUAUUUACUCGGACAAGAUUCUGUAAAUUUUGUCAGUUUUUAUCUGAGUUACGUGUGUACUCGUUAUCUUUCAUAUAAAAUGUAACAUUUAGU